UCACAACAUCUAGUAAGUGGGCGUGUCUGUAGGGGGCGUAUCUUCCCGCCUCGGCACGGCUGAUACUGUUGUCGGUGAGGUGCCUAAGGAAAGGACCCGGCUUUACAUGGGCCCGGCCUUACAUGGGCCGCAGCAAUGUUGAAGACUGAGCGGAUUCUGCACCUGAAGACCCAGCGGGGCCGAACCCUGCGGGCCGUGAGGGAGCAUUACCUGAGGGAGGACGUGAGCUGCAGGAGCCCGCUGUGUACAGACUGUGCCCGAGAAGGAAAACUUUUAUCUGUGGAGCUGACACAUUAUGUUGUCCCAGACUGCCAAGUGUUGCAAGAUUACCAAGAGGUGCUGGAGUUUUCAGAGAUUCGGGGAGUCAUCUACAUGCAGACCGCAUGUCACGCCGUACAGCAUCACAGAGGCCGCAGACAGUACAAGAAGCUACGAUCCUUACUUCGCGAUGCUCGCCGUGAUUGCAUCUUUUUCCCCAAUGAGUUCCAGCACUAUGCUUAUCUCCCCAGAGAGAUGGGUGAGCCUGUUGAAGACUGGCAAUCGAGAUGUAUUUACAAUUCUUCCGUCUGGUAUUAUCAGCACUGUCAAGCUAAAAUACCCGUCAUUAUGGUAACUGAGAAUGAAAAGGUGAUCAGAAGGUACAGCAAUGAGACUGAAGGUGUCUACGUCUUGUCAUUUAAGAAUUACUUGGAGAUAUUUUGGCCACAUCUGAAAGGAGCCCUGGAGUUGUACAACUCAAUCCGAGAGGCUCUUCAAGAGCGUGAAACAGAAAGUCGUGAGAGUAAUGGCAAGGAGUACCAGGAGCAUCUGCCGCUGGAAAUUCUGGAAGCUGGAAUUAAGUCUGGUAGAUAUAAGCAGGGUGUACUCAGCGUGAACAAGCAUCGUUCUCAGCUCGAAGCCUUUGUGCGACUUCAGGGCCUGGCAGGCAAAAACUCUGACCUGCAGAGUGAUGUUCUGAUCCAUGGCACCAAGUCACGAAACAGAGCAAUCCAUGGAGACCUGGUGGCUGUAGAAAUUCUGCCUAAGUCUGACUGGAAGGGGAGAACAGGAGCUCUGUGUGAGAAUGAGGCAGAUGAGAGAACUGCGGAUACACAGAGUGACGUGAUGAUGACAGGUCGUGUGGUGGGAGCGUUGCAGCGAAAUUGGAGAGAUUAUGUGGCUACUUUCCCAUCCAAGGAAGAGACCCAAACUCAAGGAAAGAAUUCACAGAGGGUUCUAGUGACACCAUGGGACUACAGAAUCCCCAAAAUCCGAAUCAGCACACAGCAAGCAGGGGCACUACAGGAUUUCCGGGUGGUGGUACGAAUUGAUUCCUGGGAGUCCACCUCUCUCUAUCCUAACGGGCACUUUGUGAGAGCAUUAGGACUCAUUGGUGACCUGGAGGCAGAAAUUCAAACUAUUCUGGUGGAGAACAGUAUUAGCGUGAGUCCCUUCUCCGAAGCCCAGCUGGCAGAAAUGCCUACAAACACUCCAGAGAACCCAUGGCGGGUGGCACCAGAAGAAGAAGGUCGACGUGAUCUACGCAGUACUCAUUUGGUUCUCAGUAUCGACCCAAAGGGUUGUGAGGAUGUAGAUGAUACCUUGUCUAUUCGAGAACUGAAUAAUGGGCACUUGGAGCUGGGCGUUCAUAUUGCAGAUGUCACACACUUUGUGAAGACAAACUCUUACACCGAUAUGGAAGCAAAAGCAAGAGCUACAACAUACUACCUCGCGGAUCGUCGCUAUGACAUGCUGCCUGCUAUCCUCAGUGCAGACCUGUGCUCCUUGCUCGGAGGUGUUGAUCGGUAUGCGGUGAGUGUAAUGUGGGAGUUGGACAGCACAACAUAUGACAUCAGGAGGGUGUGGUAUGGCCGGACCAUAAUCCGCUCCUGCUACAAGUUGAGCUACGAAGUAGCUCAGCAGCUGCUGGAUGGAGAUCUGGAGCCACUGAACAUUGACCCUGAACUUCAGCCAGUUUCUCAGGACUCCACCAAACUGGACAGUCUUCUGUGGGCGAUACGUAAACUAACAGAGGUGGCUCGAGCUGUUCGGACACGGAGAGAUAUGAGUGGAGCACUGGAACUAGAGGGGGUAGAAGUUCGGGUGCAGUUGGGGGAGGAGCAUAGCAUUGAUGACCUAAUUCCUCAGCAACCUUUACAGGUGCAUGAGACUAUAGCAGAAUGUAUGAUCCUAGCCAAUCACUGGGUAGCCAAGAAGAUCUGGGAGAGCUUCCCCCAGCAAGCAUUACUCCGAUUACAUCCGCCUCCACGUCAGGAAUUCUUUAAAGAACUCAAAGAGACCGCACAGGCUAAAGGAUUUAUUAUCGACACUCGAUCUAAUAAAUCCCUGGCAGAUUCCCUGGAUAAGGCAAAUGACCCUACUGACCCUCUGGUGAAUCGUUUGCUGAGAACAAUGGCCACACAAGCCAUGUCUAAUGCUCAGUAUUUCUCCACGGGAUCGUGCACAGAGGAAGAAUUCUAUCACUAUGGUUUGGCCCUUGAUAAAUAUACACACUUCACCUCACCAAUCCGUCGAUAUGCCGAUGUUAUUGUGCACCGGCUUCUCCUGGCUGCUAUCCACCAGCGUACAAAAGAUCAUCUGCUCGGAAACAAGGACCUGGAGGAGCUGUGUCGCCACAUCAAUAAUCGCAACCAGGCUGCACAACACUGCCAGAAACAGUCUACAGAGCUCUUCCAGUGCAUGUUCUUCAAAGAUAAGGACCCAGAAAAUGACCAGCAGUGUACUUCUGAUGCCAUAAUAUACUCGAUCCGCACUAAUGGAGUGUUACUCUUCGUACCCAGGUAUGGCAUAAAAGGAGCCGCGUAUGUGAAGAACACAGAAGGCUUAGUCUUGACAUUUACUGAUGAUGGUUGUAGUUGGACUUCUGGAUCACUGAAACGUCUCCCGGACCGAAUCACAAUAACAGCUGAUGGGGGACACCAAACCUCAUUUUGUCUGUUUGAUCAUGUGACCGUACGAAUUGGGAUACAAAGCUCCCGCUGCCAUUCAGACAGCAUUCGCCUGAACAUCAUCAGUAAUAAGCCCCAUGUUUCCCAGGAGAUCAUGCCCUCCAGCACUGGUUCUGAUCUCUGCAAGACAGAACUUGUUCGGGAGGUGACCCGUACCGCAAUAGAGGCUCAGCAAGCUAAAGAGGAGGCAGCAGAGAAACAAUCCGGGUUACAAAACCAGGAAUAUCGACAAACUCGGGGGAGAAGCCUGUACACCUUGCUGGAGGAACUUCAUGACCUGGCCUUGCUGGAUGUGUCUGGGGAAUAGCAUCCCAGGCGGGAUCUCUGUACAAUGGC